CCUUUGGACACAGCGGAUCACCGAUCACGGAAAGAGCCAAAGAUGUUGGCUCGGUCAUGUGAUCAGCUGUGUCCAAUCACUGCUGAUCACAUUGAAGCCCCAGCAGUGCCACCUGUCAGUGUCCAUCAGUGCCUUUUGUCAGUGCUCAUCAGUGCCACAUCAAUGCCACAUAUAAGUGCCUACCAGUGCACAUCAAUGCCACAUAUCAGUGCCCAUCUGAGCUGCCUUUCAGUGUCACCCAUCAGUGCCAGUCAGUGCCACCUAUCAAUGCCAAUCAGUGCCACCUAUCAGUGCUGCCAAUCAGUG